CCUUAUACCAAUCAAAAGAGUUAAACAAUCAAAUGUUAUAGCGACAAAACAAAUAGAUGAAAAUGUCCAAGUGGAUAAUGAUGAUGAUGAUGAUGAUGAAGAAGUCUUUGAUGAAAAGUUGAAACUAAUUGUUUCACCUCGACCAUGUCUUUCAACAAAACUACGACAACAUUCAUCUAAAUGCAUUCGAUGA